CAAAAAUGGCGUUAGAAGAGGAGGCCCAGAUUUGUAGGCUUUGCGGGCAGUGCGAGAGCAUCUACAUUGAUGUCUUCGGGGAAGAGGGAACAAAGCGAUAUCUGAGCCUAAAAAUCCAUACGAAAGUCAAUAUUUUGCUCACCACCAACGAUCAAAACCGGUGCCGAAUUGAUCAACAGUUAUUCCCUACACGAGGUGUUCUGCGAUUCCAUUACUCACUAUUAUCCCGUAUUCCGAUUCUUUGGACUUGACAUGUCAUGUGACAAACGGUAUUCUGUACUGAGUGAGGGUCUCUUUUAUGAGGAAUGCCGCUGAGUUCUCACGUGUAUCUAGAAAGCUUAUUGGACAAUGGAGUAGAAAUCAUUCUUUUCUCAGAGCGUCGUAGUUCACAAGUUUGAUACAACUUGUGUGAUUACUAUGUGCAAAUUGCUGGUGAAAUUGCAGGUUGAAAUAUUGCAAUUCCAGAUGUUCAGAUAGAUGAGAGGGACCCGCUGCCCAAGGCGAUCUGCGUACAGUGCCUGGGCAAGCUGGAAUUCGUUUGCGAUUUUCAGGAGGAAUGCCUUCGCACCCAACAACUGUUGCGCGAUCGUUUCAAUUGGCCAUCUCCCAGUGACAUUAUCACGCAAGAUGAUGGCCUAUCGAGGAAGAUAUGCAUGCGAUGCAUAGGCACACUCGAAUUUGUAACUGAUUUUCAUAACAAGUGCCACCAGACACAACACCAACUUUUGACAGCUAAGGAGCAUUCUCGAAAAAUUGCCAAUGUUGACAUUACUGCAGAGUCCGACAAAGAGAACACUUUGCCAGCUGACCCACUCAUGCAGAUUGGGCAUAAGACAACGGUGAUCACUGAUUCUACCGCAAGAGCGAUCGAUUCCGCAGAGUACGAUACCUCCGGCUGUUUCCGCGAUUGCCACGGGGUCGCGAAGUAUGAAACUAUCUGGACAGAAAGUAGAAGUAACAAACGAAAAAAAUCUGAAUCAGUUAUCGGUGUAUUGGAGCCAAAAAGCCUGCGCGGUAAAGAAGCUACUCUAAGUUCGGAAUAUAAUAAUACUAUACUGCCGAAGCACAAGCUCCGAGAAACAAGGGCCCAAAAAGAGAGCGUGGAUGGAUACGAACAUUCAGAAGUCCCCGUCAGUUGUAUUCAAACGAGGAAACAAGUACCAAAAAAAAUCGAGAGAUCUAGAAGUAAUUGCAAGAAAGCACCUCCAUCCAACUCACGAGAAACCAAAGUUGGCAACAGGAUUGUGACUGAUAAUUUUGACGACGAGUUUAAUAUGAAAACAGCACCUAUGUACGCUAAGAAAACGGUGCUCGCACCAUUAGAAAAUGUUCUUGCGCCAAUUUCGAGAGAAUUAAGUCAAGAUUUCAACAAUCAACCGACUACCGAGAAUCUACAGCCAAAUGGGAACGUCAACAAAAUGCAAGUCAAGGAGAGCCAGGUAUUCGAGGAAUGGUUAGAAAACAAGCCUGUUGGCAAGGGCUUGAAUAUUAUACGCGCAUCACAAGGUUACCUCGAAACGACAACGGCAUCGCAGCACCUGAUUUCAUUUUCCAAAAAAUUGAUCAAAAGCGUUGAACUGAAUGGUGGACAUUUUCACGAACGACGAAAGAAAUCUGAAGAUCAAUUUGGAAAGUUAUCCGAACUAAUAACUCACGAACAAAAAAAAGUCAUUGAAACUUUAUAUACAAUAAACAUGGAUGUGGUUGAUAAUGCAGAAGUAUACCGAAAUAUAACCAUUUUGAAUAAAUUAAAAUUCAAUUGUAAACUAUGCGGAAAAACUUACGUGAGAAUGGACAAAUGCCAGGUUCAUGUAUGGGGUCAUUUGAACAUGAAGCCAUUUAGCUGCAAAUUGUGUGACUUUGUUACCCUCACAAUAAGUAACAUUCGAUGUCACAUUAGAAAACGCCACUUGAAGAUUAAACCGUUCCAAUGCAAUCUUUGCGAAAAGACUUACGCAACCGCAGUGCUGCUGAAGGAACACAUAAACUCUCAUACUGGUGCAAAGCCCUACUUAUGCAAACUUUGUGACUUUGCCACAGCCAACAGGCAGGUUCUCAGUUAUCACAGAACCACCCACAAACCCGCGAAAGACAUCUCGUGCGAGAUGUGCGACAAAAAAUUCUUCUCAAAUUGCAGAAUGCGGGCGCACAUGAUUACCCACAACAAAGAUAAAGCACUGAAAUGCAAACUUUGCUCUACAUAUUUGUGUAAUGCCGAGGCACUAGAGAUGCAUUGCCAGAAAGUUCACGCGCGCGAGUACAUCUGCAAUAUUUGCGGGCUACGGACUAGAACGAAAAAAGCUCUGACAAACCACGAAAAUGUACAUUCAGCAGCCAAGUACAGAUGUCACCUCUGUUCCAAUGUAUACAAAAGCCGACAUAUGUUGAAGGAGCACCUUCUCAAGCACCAAGGGAUCCGAAAGUACAAGUGUCAAUUAUGUCAGAAGUCCUUUGCCCAGCAGUCCCACAUCGCCGCACACAUGAGCGUGCACAUGGGGAAAAGAUACCCGUGUCCUGGUUGCAAGAAACUAUUCAAUAGACGAGACAACAUGAGGAUGCAUACGAAACGUUGUGUACUUCUCAAGUCUGAUCCAGAUUUCAAGAAUAUUUUUCCUGACCAAAGCCCGACCCAUCCGAUUGUAGAGGACAAUCGAUUGGCUGCAGUAAUCGACACUGAUACCUCUGGCACGCCGAGACCAACAAAAUCGAUGGAGAAUCCAAAGCCCGAUACAGAGAAAAAAGAGACCGGGUCAGGCUUAAACACGACCGAUUUGUUGUGAAGUAGGACUAGUGAUUCACAAGAGUUGAAGGAAGAUUUUUGGCAUGCGGAUUAUUUCGUUCAAUUCAAAAACGAUGUUAAUGGAAUUCUUCGAUUUGUAGGAGUGCAAAAUACCUAUCCCCACUCUCUAAUCCCAUUGCGAGAAAUCUUCACAGUGAAGGUAAUAUGGCUAUUACCGCGCAUACAUCUAGACCCGAAUGUUUGUAGUUUCUUUACGCCUGGUUAGCGCCCUCCGCCACCGAUUUUAUUUUUCGUCGAUCACAACUUUUAUCAUCACAGUCGAUCAAACAUCGUAAAGUUAAAGAUGCUCGCACCUUUCAACGAUUAACGACGUUGCAUGAUUUUGGUGGCAAUUUUCAAGGCCGCAGGUUUUCAGGCGUACAUAUCAUUGUACAUAUACAUAUACAUGUAGUUGUAAUUGGAUGUCAAGUAUUGAUACCCAAGCAUUUGUUGUACCUUGCAACCUCUUGCAUGUAAAUUUUGCCGGAAAUUUACGACGAGUAAGCGAGUAACUGAAAGACUGAUUUAUCUUGAAAUUGUAAUAUGGAGUUCCUAAAAUAAAGUCGGUUUCUGUUUUUAAAAAAAAAAA